AUGACGAAAUGCGAGGUUCCACUUCUCUUCUUGGAUAAAAAAGAGCCAUUCGUCCUUACCAACAAGGAGAUUGUGAAGGCGAUUCCGAUAUUGGUCAAUUCUAUGGAAUGCCUUGGAGAUGACUGGGAAACAAAGGAUACUGUUCUUUCGGAUAGCAUUGAGAUCAAAUUUCCACAAUGGGCUGGUGAAUUCCUCUUGGAUCACAUCCUUCCGUAUUCCACGCCAACUGGAAACGACAAACCAACAGUUGAAAACUUCGCAGAUGCCAACGCAAAGACUCUUGAUGAGUUGAAGGUGAUUCUUGAGCUGAGCAACUUCUUCCAAUGUACUGAAUUCAUGAGUUGCAUCAGUUUUGUGGUUGCGAAGAAGUUGGAGGUCACGAGUAUGGAAGAAAUUUCAAAGUUCUUCGGAAUGUCAUUGGAUAAGGAUAGCAAGUAUUUCACGGAAGCUGAUGGGUGGAUUCAUCCACCAUUGGUUGUCUUUCAAGGGGAGAACAAACCGAAUUAA